CAGCGCAGUGCACCCGCUGUGGCGGAGAGUAGCGGCGCCGGCUCGCCGACCUCCUCCUCCUCCCGUCGUUGCCUUGGGUCGCGCUAUCCGGGCGGCUGUGCAAGCGCCCCCGAGCGCGGUGAGUGGCCGCGGUGGAGGGUCGUCAGUAUAGGUUAUCUUAUGAUGAGGCCUUUGCUAUGGCUAAUGAUCCCUUGGAAGGAUUCCAUGAAGUAAACCUUGCCUCACCUACUUCUCCAGACCUUCUUGGUGUGUGUGAAUCAGGAAAUCAAGAACAGACUACCUCACCUGUCAUCUACCGGCCACAUCCUUCAGCUUUAUGUUCUACUCCCAUCCAGGCUAAUGCAUUGGAUGUUUCUGAUCUUCCUACCCAACCAGUGUAUUCAUCUCCCAGACGUCUAAACUGUACAGAAAUUUCUGGUAUCAGCAUUCAUGUUACAGAUCCAGCAUCUUGUAUUACCUCUGGAGUCACGACUGGACCAACUAAAUUAACUACAAGGAAGGACAACUGUAAUGCAGAGAGGGAGUUUUUACAGGGUGCCACUGUCACAGAGGCCUGUGCUGGCAGUGAUGAUAUCUUUGGGUUGAGUACAGAUAGUUUGUCUCGCUUGCGAAGCCCAUCUGUUCUGGAGGUUAGAGAAAAAGGGUAUGAAAGAUUAAAAGAAGAACUUGCAAAAGCUCAGAGGGAGUUGAAGUUAAAAGAUGAAGAAUGUGAGAGGCUUUCAAAAGUACGAGAUCAGCUUGGACAAGAACUGGAAGAACUCACAGCUAGUCUAUUUGAGGAAGCUCAUAAGAUGGUGAGAGAAGCAAAUGUCAAGCAGGCAACAGCAGAAAAACAGCUGAAAGAGGCACAAGGGAAAAUUGAUGUACUUCAAGCUGAAGUGGCUGCAUUAAAGACACUGGUAUUGUCCAGUUCUCCAACAUCACCUACACAAGAGCCUCUGCCAGGUGUAAAGACACCUUUUAAAAAGGGACAUUCAAGAAAUAAAAGUACAAGCAGUGCUAUGAGUGGCAGUCCCCAGGACCUCAGUGUGAUACAGCCAAUUGUAAAAGACUGCAAAGAGGCUGAUCUAUCUCUGUAUAAUGAAUUCAGAUCUUGGAAGGAUGAGCCUACAAUGGACAGAACAUGUCCUUUCUUGGACAAAAUCUAUCAGGAAGAUAUCUUUCCAUGUUUAACAUUCUCAAAAAGUGAGUUGGCUUCUGCUGUCCUGGAGGCUGUGGAAAACAAUACUCUAAGCAUUGAGCCAGUGGGAUUACAACCCAUUCGAUUUGUGAAAGCUUCUGCAGUUGAAUGUGGAGGACCAAAAAAAUGCGCUCUCACUGGGCAGAGUAAAUCCUGUAAACACAGAAUUAAACUAGGGGACUCAAGCAACUAUUAUUAUAUUUCUCCUUUUUGCAGAUAUAGGAUCACGUCUGUAUGUAAUUUUUUUACGUACAUUCGAUAUAUUCAGCAGGGACUAGUAAAACAGCAGGAUGUUGAUCAGAUGUUUUGGGAAGUUAUGCAGCUGAGAAAAGAGAUGUCACUGGCAAAGUUGGGAUAUUUCAAAGAGGAACUCUGAUGCUCUGCGUGGGACCAUGCAUAAACCUCCCUGAAUAACUGAAAAGUGGCUGAAUAUUUUUAUGGUUACUAAAUAUUUAUUUCCAAGGAAUGGGCCCAAAACUUUUCCCUCUUGCAAAUCACACUAAGAAAUACCAUGAUUUCUCUUAAACCCAUGCUGUGUUUGCCUUUUUGUUAGUUGAACACACUGAAAAGAAUCACAGGUGUACCAGUAAUUGUAACUUACAGUUCCAAAAAUCCAACUAAAUAAAUAAAUGUUAGAUUGAA